UCAAUCCGAGCUGCCACUCAAACGUGGAAUAGAUGCUUAGUAAAUAUUUUAAAAUUUGCGUGAAAGUAUAAGUUUAGUUUGAGGUCCCAGAAUGCUGCAAUCGUGUGUUUUCGCCGUCUUCCUGGCGAUCCUGGCCCUGUUCUGGCGUGCUUCGGAGGCCAUUGAGGCCAUUCCCCACGACAGGAGCUGCCGCCCGUUUCAGGACAGACCCCUGAAGCUGCUCUGCAAGGGGACCUACACCAACGAUAUCUUCCUGAGGUACCAGGACAGACUGGCCGCCAUAAAUGGCCCAUACAAGAUAUUUUACCACAGGCAAGGAGGAGCCGUGCUACUGCUGGUUACCUUCAACCACUCCCCGCUGCAGUGGUGCAACAGCUCGAUUUCGAUCGACGCGGAUCUGGACUUCUUCUGCGGCGACAGCCGUAACCCUCUCCCGCUGUCCGGAUCGAUGAUCUACUGCCGCAUAUACCAGAUGAGCUACAUAGCCGAUCUGAUGUACGAGUGCACCACCCCGAAAAUCCGCAACUUUCCCCUUGAGAACGGUUUCACGGCGGUGCACUACGCGGCGAUAUCCCGCUGGAGCGGAUCGCGGGACGAGCUCGAGUACGGAGUGGACCUGCCCUCGGGCCAGGGGGGCCUUACCUUUCUUGCGCCUCUGCUGCUCUGGCCGAUACUUGCCACACUCUCGAAUUGAUUUGCCUGUCAGACACACACACUCGUAAUCGCAUAAAGUUCGAAAUUUAAGUUGGUUCAAAAUGCCUUUUUGCUCCGUGUUCUUACUUGUUCAUAUGGCCAAGAAACCGGACAAGACUGGUGGUGGACGACACCAAGGCCUGCUCACCGGCAGAACGAUGCCGAUGGACCACUCGGGGCAACGCUCCCUGCCGCCUCUCUCGAAUGGGAGAAAAUGCCAAGAGCUGUGCCGCCACCUCAUCAGACGGUUGCCCAAGUGAAGACUUGACCUAUUUCAUGUCAAUAAAUUUAUGUAUCUGUUACCGAUAUAUAUGUAUAUA